AAAAAUAUUACCAGACAAGCUACGAAUUAGGUGCCUACCUACCUAGGUAGGUAGGUAGGUGUAAAAUACGCUAUCACCUGACCUUAUGUAUCCGGAUAAGCAAGUCAGUCACUAAUACCUUACAUAGGUAUGUAGUCAACAAAUUUUAUAAAUGACGAGUAAGAAAACCUGUAUGCUACAUGUUACACAAUCAGCAAGCGACUCCCUCUGGUCGUGAUCGCCAUAGGAGGGUAGCAGGUACCUAGGUACAUGUAUGUAGCUCUCAGCCCGCCACAAAUCAAAAUCUCGUCUCCUACAACAAAUAUGUAGGCCAGCCACAUAUGUAUUGGAAUAAGGCACCUACAUAAGGCACCUACAACACCAGGACUAUUAUUGGGCAUACUUGGGCCUCUUAUGGCAUACCAAAUGCUUUUGACAUGGCUUUGCCCAAGCAUCCCCACCCUCCAGGGGCUUUUGCAGGUGAUGCUCGCCACCUUUACAGCCCUCUCACUGAAUCAUUAACAAUUCCUCGAGAUUCCCUUUUUCGCCAAUCCAUUCUCAAUCAAGCAUUACCCACUCGUAGGUAGAUGAUUUCCUCGCAACAUCACUAACAUGGCAGAAGCUAGUGCCGUCAUUGGCAUCGUAUCUUUUGGUAUACAAGUUUGCGACGGCUUGCGAAGUUAUUUGAGCGCUAUAAAUGGAAGACACAAAGAGCUGAACGACGCCUGGGAAGACGUACGUAUCUUGGCUGAGAUAUUUAAACGUCUCAAUCAAGCUGUCAUAGAAACCCACCCACAGCGGCCAGACGACGCGGCUCUCUUAUUACAAUGUCUUCGUCACGCCACAAGUUGCCUUAUCGAGCUGCGAGAUACUGUAGCCAAAUUGGCGAAAUUACCUCCCGACGAGGUCGCCUCACCUCAAAAUACUGGAGUUUCACUCCCACCAGCAGUAGGAAAGCACAAGAAUAGUUUAAAGGAGAAGAGUAAGGCUAUAGGGCGGGCGAUCGUGUAUAAGUUCCACCAAGAAGAUGUAAGGAAUCUCCGGCAGAAACUGCAGCACUUAACUACGUUACUCAACCUAGCAGUCCUCAUCACUAACCCGAAUAGAGAUCGCCAAAGCAUUGAGAGCCUCAAGGAUUCAGUUUCAACGUUUAGUUUUAGUUUGGAAUCCAAAGCCUCUGAUAUUCGUACGGCCAUUGACUCUUUGCCAUCCGCUGUCGAUCUACAAACCACCAUUCAGGAAAAUGCCACCAAGUUAGAUGCAUUCAAUCAGCGCCUUAGUUCGGAUAUUUCUUCAAUCAAAUAUCAUCUCUCGACUACAGAGCAGACGACUACCAAUACCGCCCUGCAAAUAAGCGCGCUAGGGGACAAGCUACGCGAGACGGACUCGAACUUGUCCUCCCAAAAUGAACUUAUGCUGGCACGAUUCCAAUUACUCGAGCGCGGGGUAACGGGGAUAAACAACAUCGUCGCGCAGCAGCAGCAAGGUCCGGAUGUUGCCAAAAGAAUAGCGACAGAAGUUACGAAUAGGAUCGCGAGAUAUCUACCACCGUCAUCGCUCCGGCAGGCUUGCGAUACCGUCUUCGUUCCUCCCAUUAUAGCUAGAGCUGAUACCCAAGUAGAUGUUGAGAAUGCUCGGCAUCCCUCCCCAAACAUCAUGCCACCCGGCUGCAUAUGUCAAUGCCGAACGAGAACUACCUUAACCAGCACAUAUUCACAUUCGCUAUUCAACUUCACCGUUUUCUCCCGAAAGCAGAAGUUCUCUCAUCGCGCACCCAACUGCCCUCUUCAUGCCGUUGGGCAACGUGGAAAUAGCCGGACGGCUGGGGCUCGUUUACAUUUCCGAAUAGGUUCAUUCCUGAACAACCUUGUUGAGGUGGCCAUUUGGUGCUCCACGGGCGCCGGGGGUUAUUCCCUCGGUCCCUCGGUGAGAUGGAAAAAUCUAGUCUCUAUGGAACUGUGUCCCGUACAUAAAGAGAUCCAAAAUGUUUAUCGGCGAAUAAUGGCUGGGAGCGGAAUAUCAGGAGCUAAGGAGGUGGCAGAACAGCUAGAGAGCUGCCAAGAAAAGGUCAUCACGCUUUAUCGAGAGGGGAGUGCGUCGGUGAAUGAUAUUUACUAUGAAGACGGACAUAAUCAUUUACAGAAAUACCUUCAAACCCUAACGUUCAUGUCUCAUCUCGAUUUACUGACCCCCGACGUGAUGAAUGCAGUUGCGCCUAUGAUACAGUUUUAUAUCGAAGCUGGUCUAAAUUGCAAGGAGCAGGGCUGGCGCCCUACAGCGAAGAGUACAUCUUAUAGAAGAAUACCUAAAUUUCUACCACAUAUCAAUAAUUCCACUACACUCGCAUUAUCCACCGAAAUACUAGUUCGAUUUAAGGGACAGGCCACCGACCAAAGAGCUAAACUAAUCUCAUCCAUUGCGCAAAUCUCCGAUCCUGAAGUUGAAGACGUUAUCGAGGCGACGCCAUAUAUGGAUUCAAGGAUCUUCUUUACUCAUAUUUUAGACCAUGAAAUAUGUAUGGAUGUCUCCCCACUUGCACAAUCAAUCAUAUUAAGGUCGCUCGACGCCCUUGAAUAUCAGAUCAAAUUCUGCCCCGAGUCAGUGUUGCAGACAACCUACGGUCUGACUGCUCUCCACCUCUCUAUCGGAUGGCCGCAGGGGCUCGCUCGGCUAUUGAAAACUGACGCCAGACUCCUUCUCGAUACAACCUGUAACUUCGAAUUGGGUGGUGGAUGGGGACACAAAAUCUGCCUCCCCUUCGGCUACGCGGCCGCAAACCAAUGCCCACAGAGCCUCGAUAUUCUACUCGGCGCAGGUUGUAGCCUCUGGCCACAAAGGAAUUCCCAACGUGAGGAACUAUCAUAUGCACUGGAAUCCACGUCGGAGGCUUGCGCCGAAAUUUUUGCGUAUCACAUGGCCCAAAGGCGACGAGACCUAUUAUCAAUUUUUUUGAUAAAUUUGGAGAAAAUUCGGGAAUUCGUCCCGAUGGAUCUAGAGAGAACGUACGACAGGCUAAUGGAAAAUCUUAGCAGUAAUCCAGAGCAUAAACCAGUUCUAACAGCGGAAUCCGGACAUGGUGAGAAAAUGAAGGCACAGCCAGUCCUCUCUAGGACUGAUGUCAAAUCUAUCAUUAUAUGUCUCGACCAUGCUAAGGUUCCCGUUUCGGCUGCGCUCCGAGAUCCAUCAAAUAGUUGCCGUGAAGUAUACCAAUUUGAAGGCUUCCCUUUGCGUUUCUUUCCCAUUUUCGCGAAGCACGGGUUUAGUCAGUACAACGCGCCGGAUUAUUAUGGGUUGAGGCCAUUAAUGUAUACAGAUCGAGCGCCGUAUUCGUUCUGGCAAGCUUCGUUGGGGGAUAAUAUUCAGGAUGUGCUGCCAUGGUUGGUCGAGCACGGGUGUUUAGACGUAAAACCAGCCGAGUCAGAGGAGCAGCCAAGAGUGGGGUUGAAAUUAAGUACUGCCGUUACAGGCUGGCAUUAUUUAUCGCUAACGAUGGUGAUAAAUACGUGGGGUUGGCAGGCGACCAGAGCGAAAUGGAAUGUGUCAAGGGCAAGCCAAGAUUUGAUGGUGCGCAUUGCAGAAGGAGAGGGGAAAGUACAUCAUGAUGGGUGUCUAUGCUGGUGUACUAACCAGCCUGCACUUAAUGGAAGAGGGGGUGGAUGCUCGCCGUUCAGCUAUUUGUGCAAACAAUACAUUUACGAGGAAAGUAUCUAUAAUUUAGGUAAAGACAACUUUUGGCAUCAUUUAUUCCGACAUAAAUGCAACGGUAUCAGCAACGUUACUGCCGGUGAACAACCUCGAGCUUCCACUAUGAUACCAAUAUGGCAGAAAGAAUUCAUCCGUCUCCUCACCUUUGAAGCCCUCGAGAUGACACAUACAUGCUGCGCAUCUCUUCCGCUCUAUAAGGGCUACGGGAGAAGGGGGAUCUUCGAGUAUCCUAACCCGGAAGAGGCACGACAGAUUCGCGAGGACCCGUCCGAGAAAGAUAAAGCUCAACAGCUAGAGAAGCUAAUAGUCGAGUUUACGGAGCAUCUAGAGCGGGGGACAGGCUCGCCACAAGAAUUCGAGAAAUUCAUUUUCGGACCAUGGCGGACGCGGAUAGUGGAUCUGUAUGUCGUAAACAUGGAUGAAAUAGAGAAAAUGGGCAGCAUCUUAGAUAAUAUACAGACCUAUGAACUCCCAGAACCACUGCAGAAGUUCUUCGGCGAAGAUUUUCCAUUCUUCGACACCAACGAAGAUGUAAGCGAAGAGGAUAUAUGGUCGGUGUGGUGUUGGAUGUGUAAUAGCUACAAUCAUUAUUGAUUUUCCUUUCCAACUUUCCUAUUGUCAAUCUGUAUAUACUUAGAAAUACAUAUAUUUCCAAUAUUUAUUAUCAAUC